CUAUGUUUUGACACCUUCAGGUUGGUCGACACAAAAAAACGAUAAAAUAUUGUUCAUUACUUGCAGUUUACAGUAUUACAGAAAAUUUUCUAAAACGAAAAUGAACGGACCGAUAAAAAUGUAUCAAACGAGACGAUUUGUACGCCACGAUAUACCCGUAGAGUUACCCAAAUGUAUGUAUACUUUAAAAAAUAUACACUCAAGAAAUGGUAUGGUAGACGGUGCCGUAGAUCACGUUUUAGCGAAGAACAAAAAAUUGGAUAUAUUCGACCAGGUUAAACAGUUUUUAAAGAAUAACCACAAAAUACCUGGGAUGGCAGAACUAGAAGCUAAGCAAGAAGAAAUACUCCAGCAGCUAGCCGAACUCAAGAAACAAAUUCUUUCAAUUAAAUCCGAUCUCAAGAUAGCUGCAGUUUCAACUACAAAACCAUCAACAAAUUUUACUUCAUCUACUUGUCCAAAAAUAACAAUAAAUAACCUUCCUGAUAUUGUAAUAAACGCCAAUCCGUCUAAUCCUCCAUAUUCAUUACAAAUCAUACAGAAACUGCUGCAGGAUACCCUAGCAUUAACUUUUUCAACAUAUUUACAUUCUACUGUGUCUUCGUUGUCAGAGGAAGCAAAAAAAUUAGACUCUACUAUUGUUAAUUUUGCUCCAAAAUCUAAUGUACUAAAGUUGAAUAUAAGACUAAUCUGGAAAACGAUUGAUUCGAAUACGGAACUUCUGGUGUCUCACAUUCCGAUUUUGGGCGAGGUGAACAUGUUACGAUACUUAAGUCGUGCGGUCAAAUCUUCACUAAACUACGAUUCAGAGUCAGACUGUAUCGAAAUCGACUCUCUAUUAGAUAUUUGUUAUCUUUUAGUUAGAGCGAGGACAAAAACGGAAAGAGCCGGUUUGUUGCAAACAAUAAAUAAGUCAUUAGGUAAGGCACAAUGGUUGGUCGGGAGAAGUCAGGCCAGUAUCGCGGACGUAGCUGCUUAUUCUGCCAUUCGACAGGCCACUAGUAAUAACGAGAUUAGCGCCAACUUGGGCAAAUGGUUUCAGAGGUGUGAAACUGUUUUACUAGGUUGUUAAUAAAUUUUUUCUAUGUA